GCCGAAUGGCAACCAAAUGUUAUAAAAGAAGGUUACAUAUCAUCUCAAUUCUCAUCAUCAUCAACAGCUCAAUCAAUCAAUCAACCAAAGAAUCAAAUAAUCAUCACUCUCAAUCUCAAUCCAUCUUUCUAUCUCUCUCCACCCCAGUACAAAACACAACCAUCAAAAUGAAGACCGUCUUCGCCGCCCUCGUCAUCGCCCUCUUCGCCUCUUUCCUCCAAAUUUGCCCCGCUCCCAUCGGUGGCCUCGCCAGAAUCGGCGUCCGUCUGGUCAAGGGUGCUGUCGAUGCCGGCUCCAGCAUCAACGAUGAAGUCCAGAACAACUCCCGUCGUACCCUGAUCACCCUCGACGGCGACCACUUUGAUGAGCACGCCUACCUCCAAGCCCGUGACGAUGACCCGUUCGCUGGUCUGCCCGAGCCCGCGGCCACCCAGUGCAAGGGCCAGCUCAAGGAUGUCACGGUUAGCUUCAAGUUCGAUGGCAACACUGUUACCAUUGGCAAUGUGCCGGCGACUUGCAUGACUCUGGCGACUGUUUUCUUGGGUGACAACCCGGGUGCGCACGGUCCUAUUCCUAUGAGCUCCUCGAGCUUGAAGUACACCAACGUCGAUCAGGGAGAUAUCCAGCAGCUGCGCAGCAUCAUGAAGCAAUAGAUUAGACAUUCGAUUCGGUUCGGUUUAUAGAUGCAGGCGGCGGUGUUUGGUGUUGUCUUGGCCAUUAUUUCCUUUGAUAUCUCUAUGUUCUUAUGCGACCUUUCUAUGACUUUGUUAUUUUCACGGUGUAUGCUCUUUUAUGUGUUCUUUCAUGCGAUUGGUGUACCUGGAGUAUGGAUACAACGGAGAUUACCCAAAUAGGAAAUCCCAAAUUUGAGGAUUCAUUUCAGAUUAAUUAUCGGCCCUACUUCAGCCUAGUCUAUAGUAACACCCAUUAAUGGGAUCUGACUAGGGUCCUGUAUC